GUGGGAUCCAAAGCAUGCAGCCGGCCAGAUGCUGACCGAGUCCCCUGAAUGUAGUCUGGAGCAUUUCUUGGGAAGGUUCAACUCAUUUACUGGUUGGCCAUGAUGCACGAGCAUGACACCCUGGGCGAGAGAUGCCUCAGCACCUUCAGAAUGCGAUAUGGGGAUGAAGAGGCAGAUUAUCAUUCCAUUUACAUUGGGCUACCAAGGCCCCAUAGCAACCAGAAAAAAAGACGCAAAAGGAGAUCCUCCUUCAGCCAAGAUAAAAAUGGUGAAUGCAAAAGGCCCUACAAGCAGCAGAUCCAUUCGGACACAGAAGAAGGAAGGCGGACAGGUGAUGUGAGUGGAAAUGACCACGCCAGCAGGACCAUGUCACCUGCUGCCGAGCGCCUCCGAUAUAUCCUGGGUGAGGAUGAUGAUCCCCCCAACCCAACACUGUUCACGGAGAUGGACACCCUCCAACGUGAUGGAGAAGAGAUGGAAUGGAAGGAGGCAGCCAGAUGGAUUAAGUUUGAAGAGAAGGUGGAAGAAGGAGGGGAGCGAUGGAGUAAACCUCAUGUAUCAACUCUGACAUUGCAUAGCUUGUUUGAACUGCGCACUUGCCUGCAGAUGGGAACCAUCCUGUUAGAUCUCGAUGGCUACUUCCUGCCACAAAUCAUAGAUAAUGUCAUUGAGAAACAAAUAGAAGAUGGCCUUCUAAAGCCAGAGCUGCGAGAGAAAAUAAGCUAUGUGCUCCUGAGAAAGCACCGACAUCAGAUGAAGAAAUCCAUCCAUCGAUCCUUGGCAGAUAUUGGCAAAUCUGUCUCAAGCAUAAAUCGUAGUCCUGUCCAGAAUCCAGCUACAGGAGCCGGCUUUUAUUGUUCUUCUGAAGAUCUCAGAAUAAGACAGAACUCAGCUUAUGGACGAUUACGCCACACACAAAGCCGAAGCAUGAAUGACAUCACAGACACUCCAAGCACAGCCCAGCUCAGAAACAAGUUCAUGAAGAAGAUCCCCAAAAAUGCUGAAGCCUCAAAUGUUCUGGUGGGAGAAGUGGAUUUCCUGGACAAGCCUUUUGUAGCCUUUGUCCGGCUUAUACAGUCCACCAUGUUGGGCGGGAUGACCGAAGUGCCUAUUCCAACCAGAUUCCUAUUUAUCCUCCUGGGUCCCUCUGGAAAAGCCAAAUCCUACAAUGAGAUUGGCCGAGCCAUUGCUACCCUUCUGGUAGAUGAUCUAUUCAGUGAUGUAGCCUACAAAGCAAGAGACAGAGAAGAUCUGAUAGCAGGACUGGAUGAGUUUUUGGAUGAAGUCACAGUCCUUCCUCCCGGUGGAUGGGAUCCAAACGUUCGAAUAGAGCCACCCAAGAAACUGCCUUCUGCAGAGAAGAGGAAAUCUGUGUUUUCUCUGAGCGAAGCGACCCAGAUGAAUGGGGCAGCUGGAGGAGCAGCAGGGGGCGGGGGUGGGGGCAGUGAAGAAGAUCUUCCUGCUGUCCAUGACAUCGGAGAGGAGCUGAUGUGGACUGGACGGUUUUGCGGGGGGCUGUAUUUGGAUCUCAAGAGGAAACUGCCCUGGUUCCCCAGUGACUUCUACGAUGGCUUCCAUAUCCAGUCGAUCUCUGCUGUGCUCUUCAUCUACCUGGGUUGCAUUGCCAACGCCAUUACAUUUGGAGGCUUGUUGGGGGAUGCUACCGACAACUACCAGGGUGUCAUGGAGAGCUUCCUGGGAACAGCAAUUGCAGGUUCCAUGUUUUGCCUAUUGGCAGGGCAGCCCCUCAUCAUCCUGAGCAGCACAGGGCCCAUCCUCAUCUUUGAAAAGCUGCUAUAUGAUUUCAGCAAAAGUAACAGUAUCGAUUACCUAGAGUUUCGCCUUUGGAUCGGCUUGCACUCAGCGGCCCAGUGCCUUUUUCUGGUGGCCACAGAUGCCAGCUUCAUAAUUAAGUACAUCACUCGCUUCACUGAAGAAGGGUUCUCCACUCUGAUUAGCUUCAUCUUCAUCUAUGACGCCAUUAAAAAGAUGAUUGGAGCCUUUAAGGUCUACCCUAUCAAUGUUGACUACAACCCAGACUAUGUGACUAUGUAUAAAUGUGAAUGUGUAGCUCCAGAUGCAGCAAAUACAACAUUGUUCAAUGCUUCAGUUCCAUUGGUACCAAACAAUGUUAACAUUUCUAUGUAUAACCCUAUUAAUGUAACAGUUCUGGACUGGACUCAGUUGAGCAAAAAGGAGUGCCUGAAAUAUGGAGGAAGUCUGGUGGGGACGUCUUGUAAAUUUGUCCCUGAUUUGGCUCUCAUGUCUUUCAUUCUCUUCUUUGGAACAUAUUCCAUGACUCUGACUCUGAAAAAGUUCAAGUGUAGCCGCUAUUUUCCAACCAAGGUCAGGGGCCUAAUUGCUGACUUUUCCAUUGUCUUCUCCAUCUUGUUCUUCUGUGGAAUAGACCUCUGUUUUGGAUUGGAUACUCCCAAGUUGCAUGUGCCCAGUAUCAUUAAGUUCCGUAAAUUUAUUAGUGACUUCUCUAUCUUCAUGUCCAUACUAAUGUUUGUUGGUCUUGAUGUUUUGUGUGGGCUGAACACUCCAAAACUGCAAGUGCCUACAGAAUUUAAGCCCACCCGCUUGGAUAGAGGGUGGUUCGUGUUCCCCUUUGGAAAAAACCCUUGGUGGAUCUACUUGGCGAGUGCCCUUCCGGCUCUUUUGGUCACGAUCCUGAUCUUCAUGGACCAGCAAAUUACAGCAGUCAUUGUGAACAGAAAGGAGCACAAGCUGAAGAAAGCUUCAGGCUACCAUCUGGACUUGUUCUGGGUUGGAGUCCUCUUGGCGGUGUGUUCAUUCAUGGGGCUGCCCUGGUACGUGGCAGCCACCGUAAUUUCCAUAGCGCACAUUGAUAGUUUGAAGAUGGAGACAGAGACCAGCGCACCAGGAGAACAACCACAGUUCCUGGGAGUGAGGGAGCAGAGAGUCACAGGGAUUGUCGUCUUCAUUCUGACUGGGAUUUCGGUCUUCCUGGCACCUAUCCUCAAGUAUAUCCCCAUGCCAGUCCUGUACGGAAUCUUUCUCUACAUGGGAGUGGCCUCACUCAAUGGCAUUCAGUUUUGGGAACGCUGCAAACUCUUCUUGAUGCCAGCCAAGCACCAACCAGAUUAUGUCUACUUGCGCCAUGUGCCCCUUCGAAAAAUCCAUUUCUUCACUACCAUUCAGAUUGUCUGCUUGGCCAUCCUCUGGAUCAUGAAAUCCACCGUGGCAGCCAUUAUCUUCCCUGUGAUGAUUUUAGCUUUGAUUUUAGUCCGGAAGAUGUUGGAUUUUGUCUUUUCCCAGCACGAUCUGGCUUGGAUUGAUAACAUUAUUCCUGAAAAACAGAAGGUGGAUAACAAGAAGAAAGAAAAGAAAAAGAAAGGCCAAAGAACAGAGGAGCAGCACCCUGAUGAGGAGAAGAAUCUUCCAGUUGGAGUUUUGCAUUCUGAUUCCUCCCCUAACAAUUCUGAUCCAGAUCACAGUAUUACACUCCACUUGAAGAUUUCCUGCCCGUCUUCUCCUGCCUUCAGCUAUUCUCGAAGCCCCGUCUGUACUGUACCCCAGGUGAAGAUAGAGAUGGGAUCCAAUUAUGAAGAUACCGACACCGAAAGGCAGCACCCACAGGACAUGGGCAGCGAAACUACCCUCUAGUGUCCACAUGUCUUUUCCCCCUAUGUUGCAGACUCGGAGGUCACAGGGUCAUCCUGGGCCUUAUCCACCACUAAAGAAUUGAACAUAAACCUUAGAUGAGCUGUGGAACUCAAGCAGUGAGAAACCCAGAGAUUUUUACUGAGACACUGUGGGGAAGAUAUUUCAGGACCCCAGAGUCUAUGGGGUAAAGGAAUUCCUUAGACUGGAAGCAAUUUUAGCUUAUCAGAUUGCAUCCUUGUUGAACACUGUGAUGAUGAGAUGUUCCCAGCAUUCUGCAGCAUCUUUAAGUUGAACUUAUUCUGCCCUCGCAGCAGAGGGAACCUGCAAAGUCGAGCAGGAAAAGCUGAUGCUUUCUCCCAGACUGCCAGCCACAAGUUCAACCUGACAAAAUAUAUGAUGGAACGCAAGACUUUACAAGCAAAUAACAAUUGUUUUUAUUCAGGUACAUCCUGCAAUAUUACUACUUGCCAGAUAAACACAAAGCAAGUUGGAAUAAGCAUGGAGAGCUCACCUUAUUUUGUCUAAGCAUCGUCAAGCUUUCAAGCCAAUUCUUCCUUUAAAACAGGAAAAAACUGAGUAUUGAUCAGGCUACCAACUGCUUUGCUAGGCAUUAUCAAAUAUAAAUAUGGCUUUGUAGAAAAUAAUAACUUUUGACUCCAGAUUAGCUGCACUAUAAUCCUAACAAAUAAUUUAUAUCUUGGGUUCAGUCGAGGUUAGUCAGUUCAAGUGUACGUUAAAACAUUUCUACUACAAAGACACAUUUUUGGCCCUUUGUUACUCUUUCAGGCUGCCUACUUUCCCAUUCAAGUUGUGUUCUCAUUUCCUGCAUUUCAGAAUAGCAGUUUGAAAGGUCGGAAUCAUGUGUACAACUGGCAGGAGCUCCUCUGCUUUGGAGGAAAAUUGCUU